CUGGCGUCUGAUGCGGAGGAAACGAUAAUCGAUUUCAUGACGAUUGGAGACCUCCCGGCGCCAGCAGAAACAGCUAGCAUGUCUGAUGCUAUGUAGGGGGUUUUAUUAGAAUUCACAGAAACUUCAUGUAAUGGAAUCAAGUUUAUUUCGUCAUUCGCGAAGCACGGCGUGUCCUAGGUCAUCUGAGGCGUUGGAUUCCAAAAGCCAUGUUUAGCGCUUUGGUCGUCUGAAAAGCAGAGUCGCAACUUAAAGCCAUGUUUAGCACGGCAGCGCGGCUGAAAGAGCGACAGGGGAGGAGCGGAACGUCGCGUCUCGAGUACCUUCAGGCGCUGGUUACUGAGUUUCAGACAACUCAAGACGAAGAGGCUAAAGAACAGAUUGUCGCCAACCUAGCAAAUUUCGCCUAUGACCCGAUCAACUAUGACUACAUGCGUAAGCUGAAUGUGUUUGAGCUAUUUCUUGACUGCUUGACCGAGGAGAACGCAAAGCUCAUUGAUUUUGGUAUGGGGGGACUCUGCAACGCCGCUGCAGAUCCAGUCAAUGCAGCAGGUAUCGCCACUGCUGACAACAUCCCCCUUAUAGUCGAUUGCUUAUCAAGUCCGGUUGAAAGCACUAUCCUGUCGGCCCUUGCUUGCUUGUAUUACAUCUGUACCCCUCGCACCCGAUCGUUAAUUCUUACCCCCAACCUGCUUGAAAGCAUUAACUGCUUUGCUGCUGACUCCUGCCCCACUCCUUGCCUUCGCAAUCUCGCCCUUUGCUUUAUGAGACAACACGUAGGGCCUGCCCCCGCUCCUGAAUCUAAUGCAUCUCUAGGCCGGAAUUAAUCAUACUAGCCUGCCUGGCUCUUCGUUUUCUUGGAAGAUGGAGAAUAUUAGUCUUAACAUUAUGGCUUAUGGCACUUGUUGCUUAUUGCUUAUCUUAGAUUCACAAAUGGCAGUUACGUGAUACUACUUGCUUUUCAGUGUGUUGACUGAAACUGCCGCUAGUGUGUUUUGAACAAGACACACACACAUAAGAAGGGAUUCGUGCUUGUCGAGAUGAGAUGUAGGAGCAUUCAGCGUGAGGAGGAAGAAUACCUCGAACGAGACGUGACGUGAGCCAUUGCGCGUUUACAAACGAAGGUUUUCUCCGUCGCGUCACAUCGUUCUUGGUUCCUCGGAAAAGCACUAGCACAAUCAUCAGUGAGAGUGACCAAAUUUAGAGACUUCCUUAGUAGGCCAAAUUAUUCCCCUGAAGUUCGUCCGCAGUUGCCGCGCGUUUACAGCAGAGGCCUCGUACAUUACUACCACCCAAGAGAUUUUUUUCCAGAAUGGGUUCAGAAGCGAACGCCUCUCCAGUCUCAACUCCCGCAUGCUGUCCCAUCCAAAGCGACAUAUCUAUCAGAUCAAGACUUUCGGCAAAGCAGCACGACGACUGUCAGUGCGUGAGUUGCUCUUGGCAGAAAUCGGCAAGGUCGCGUGACGGACUCCGCAUCGCUCUGCUGUCGCUCUUCAUCGUCGUGCUGCUGAUCCUGGUCCUAUGCUGGCAUCAAUCGACACCAUCGGCCUUUAAAGCCGAGGAUCUGCGUGGGAAACCGGAAGAUGCAAGGGAUGCCGUUCUCUAUGGGUUUCAUAUGCCGAGCCCAUCAAGCACAGAAAAAAACGUUGAGCGGAGAAACCCUUUCAACGCCUUCAGGGUUCAGCUCGACGAAUCCCUUGCUGGUUUCCCGGCUUCUGGUGAACAUACGAGGGCAUUCAUUGGGUCGAUUGAAAACGUUGCUGCUGGGAAAUUCUUAUCGGGCCAACAAAUAUUUCAGCAUCGACUAAGCCGUGGUAGUUCCAGUCAUCGGACAGAAGCAUACACCAGAGUAACCAAGUUAGUGGGAGUUCGCCUCCCCGCAGUAGUGGUGCGGAACAGCUUUGCUGGGUUCUGAGUGGAUGGCCUAGUCUUCAUGAGAUUCUGGAGACCGGUUACCAAAAGUUUGUCUUCGCAUCGACCCCACGAGGCGGUUGAUCCAGCCCAACGACCAUUGCCACGUUUCGCAAGCCCAAGCGAAGCCCGUUACAGCGCCUCAUCUCCUUCGUCAAUCUGCUCUCAUGGGCUCUCCAACCUCGAGGGGAUACAACUGCAAAUUGUAGGACUGACUGCGAAUUCUCAACCCACCAGUGAUCAAGUUAUCUCAACGUUCUCAACCAAGACAUUCUCGAGACGUUCUCGAUGUCUUCUCAGCAGGCAUCGAGGCGUCUCGCCUCGACAUGUGCGCGCGUAAUAUCUAGGAUGAAUGUGUCCUCGAGGUUAUCUGUACCGUUGGAUUGGACUGUGGGAUUCGUGUCUGA